AUGCUAGCAACGGCCGAGACAGUGGCUAUACGGCUAGCGAAUCCAGUGGUAUGUUUUCAGAAAACGCCGACACAAGCGCUCUCUCUAACGUGGUCAAAGACAACACCAAAUGAUGACAGCAUGCCGCCUCAAAUCCUAACUAAAGUGAUGGGUACUCCGUGUACUCAAUCGAAGAACAUAACUCAAAGACUCUCUUACCCCCCCCCCUCCUCUAGUCCUAAGGACCGAAACCCGCCGACCUCACCAUGCGGGCAGCGUGGGGAAGAUGAGUGUUAGUGACUUAAUAGCCCUUGAGACACCUAUAAACGCUGUUAGUUUUAUUUAUUUUCAUUCCUUCAUGUAAUUGUAUUGACCUGACGAAGAAUUACCGGAAACAAGUGUUUGCCAAAUUGACUUUUUAAUGAGAAUAGUUUAGAGAGAAGUACCGGAGCCUAGAUCAUUCGUUAUACUAUGUAUGCAGAUACUGUGGCCACACGAGUGAAUAAGUUGUUAAUGUUGUUGUGGAUGACGAUACUAAAUCUACGCUUUUAUUUAUCAGUAACGUCCGAAAUUACCAAGUGCAUGAUUCACUCUGUCUGUGGUACGCUUGGCAAUUUGCUUGUAAAUGUAUUUGAAUUCAAGAGCGAUUUAAUAAUCGUAGAUAAAUUUUCAGAUUUUACGAUCAAAUUCCGCGGUCAUGGGAUGGCUGAGAGGUUUAGUUUAUCGCGGUGACUUCAACAUUAAUCACUGUUUCUGAUAUGGGAGUAUACGAGGAUUUAGACAUUACCUUCGAAAGAUCUAGAAUAGAAUAGGCAUAAUGGAACAAUAAUUAUAAAACCUGAGGAUAAUUAAUGUUAGGCAAACCAAAAUUUUCAAAUAAUAGCCGACUUUAACUUACUUUUGACCAGAAGACCUUGAACGGUUUCACACAAUCUCGCUUGCAGAACGGACCAAAAUCCGAAAUGUCAUAACGCUCUUUGACCAGUGGCCCAGGUCUGCCUAUGAAUUUGCAUUUAUAAUCGAAGCCAAUUCUUCUGACAUCCUCUCAAGGUCUCAAUCCUGACGGAAGCGGAUAUUUUUCGCCUUAUGACCCGCAUAAUUAUGCUUAAUUUGGGUUCAAACCGUUUAGAAAAGUCGUUUUCUUGAUAAUUAGCCUUUCCACUUUACCGGCUAAUCAGUAGUCCAUUUGAGUUACAUACACAUGUGAAAGCCAACAACUUUCAAUGUUGCCACAUCUCUUGUUAAACGUCUUAAACCAAGUGGAGAGAGCUGCUCAGUCGCCUUUGAUCACUGACAAGAGAUAGCUCUCAAUAAAUUGAAUUGAAAGUCUAGUCAUAGCUCACUUUAUAACCUGACAAUUCGACCGUGGUUGCCGACGAUAUCCACCGUCUGCUCUACUACGAGGUGAGGGCAAGGACGAUGACUUGUGCGUGAAUUAAUUUAACGUGAUAGUAGAUUUUCGCAGCAUAUACCGCACUCUCUCUUCCCCACUCCCACCUGAACCCUGUGUCAAGAUAGAGUCAAGAUGACCGGAGGUGGGGGGGAGGGCCCAGGUGACUGACACGGCCGGAGCCGCACCUAUGCAUGCCACCACACUCCCUUGUCCACACAGCAAAUUCCCAUGAUCUUUUGCCAACAACAACAAUGCCUUAAAAGGGACAGAGCGACGAGGGCGACUGGGAAGCCAUGCCCACCACCUGUGUACCUAGCGGGAACGCAAGCGCAUUUACCGGCAGGUGUCACGGAACUGUCUAUACAUAUCAGGCUGUGGGAGCAUAGUUGCUGAUACUGGCAUAGCACACCCUUAUAAACCUUUCGACCUAGAAGGGCGACAGGUGGUCCUGCAUAUAGCCUGGGUCGUCACACUUCAAAGUAAGGUAGCCAAGCGGUGUUCAACUGAGUCGUCGACUGAGAGGGACUACUCAUAAAGCACACACACUCUCCUCACAUACAUGAGAAUGACGCUAAUUGUUUGAGAAGGGACCGUGACAGCCAGGCCCUCAGUCCAAUAGUCCGCCACACCACACGGACACACACGAUUGGACGAACUGCGUACUCUGAGUUAGGGCGGCUAUCGACUUCCUUCAGAUACCACAUGCAGCUAGAGGCCGCAUAAAGAAGGAAACGACACGAACGCUCCCCACUUCCGUGCGAGAUGGCAGUUGGGUGUUUGAGGUGGGUAAUAUUGAUGUGGGGUGAGAUGCUGGUGGGUGAGGAUGUGAUGCAGCCGGCGGUGGUCUACCGCAGGUUUUCGUGGACUUGAAUGCGGCCUAGAAGACCCAUGCCAUGAAUAAAUGUGCGAGUGCACACACACUUUAAAACCCACAACGACGGUGACAUUCACAAAGUCGUCUUUAUAAUCCUUGUAAUAAGCAAGCAUAAUAAUUCAGUUUGGUGUUCGUUUAACAUCUAGAGUCAUACUUAGGUUCAACUUCUGCACGGCCAAAAAACACUGUGGCGAAUAUGUUAAGGCCAUGAUUCAACGACUGUUGGUUGCCAUAAAAAUUCAAGUGAUCUCUCUCACGUUUGUUUUUCCGCGUAAACUUACAUGCGGUAAGACGAAAGGGCGUUGCGUUAAAUUUUGUUCGGGACCCAUUUUCUUGUGAAAUGACUUACCUUUUCGAUCCCGGUAAAAUUUGCACAGACAACAUCUCCAAAAUAUUAUCAAAUGCAAAAGUGUCUCACGUAAAUGGACCAACAAUUGGUGAUUUAAUUUUGAGACCGCUGAAAUCCGAUGACUUUGGUAUUUUCCCUGAUUAUUUUAUUCCUUCAGAUUAUCCUGCCUUACUUAGGCAGCUCACGACUGUCGGAACGAUUACCGAACCUGAUUUUACAAGUAUGAGUGAUUUCUUUUCUUAUUUUGAGGGCGCUUUAAUGAGUUUUUUUCCCGCAAGGAUACCUACUUCAUUGUCGUAAUCGAGGACCAACGUAGCCGAAAAAUAGUUGGCUGUGCGACAUUGCUUGUCGAACUGAAAUUUAUCCACACGAUGUCUAAGGUAACUGCUUGCUCCACUCACUUUUCUGCUACUAGCGAGGCCAUAUCGAGGACGUUGUUGUUGAUGAAGCCUACCGCGGCAAGGGUCUUGGCAAACUGUAAGUCUCUAUACGUCGGUCAAGCAUCUUCUGUACGCCAAAAAUGCAUUCAAUCUACUCAUAAGCCCGCAUCACUUGAUUUGAAAUAUAUUCCUUAAGGCUAUUUUACGCCGAAUUCUGUAAAUACCAACUGAAGACCCCUGAAAUCACUGUCGCGUGGUAUUAAAUUUCAGCUUUACGCAAACGACGACAUAAAAAGAAGUAUAAUAUUACUGUUAAAGACCUACGCAUAGGUCAUUUAAACACUGUAAAGUGAGCGGAAACUCGAAAUAUGUGGUGAAAAGAGCAAAUAAUAUCUUCCUGCAUAUCCCGAUUCCUCUCCUUUAGUUAAAGUUCUUUGAUCCACAAAUAAAGGAGAAACCACACCCAAGAUCUAACAUAACAUUAUAUGUUGUUUUCUUUUUCCCUCAGGAUCAUAGCUGUACUGGUUGAACUCGGGAAGGCAGAGGGAUGUUACAAAAUCUCUCUGGAUUGUAGUGAGGACAAAGUUCCCUUCUACGAACAAAACGGUUUCAAAGAGAGCACGCGUUUUAUGUGUGUUCGUUUUGAUAAGUGA